GAAGGAUUUGCUGAGACUGGUCGCAUCAGCGGGAGGAUCCCAUCAACGAGGGAUCACAGAAUGUCCAUGUUGGUCAAAAUGGGGGACUGGCAGGUGAGCUAACACUUCAAUUCUGGAAAGUAGUUUAUUUCUAAAAUAAUGUAUAGAUUGCCUUUCAGUCAUUGCUGUAUGUCUGACUAUUACUGCUACAGGUAGUCAUAGGGAGGAUAAACGUAGUAAAAUGGAUUGGGAGCAGUUUCAAAGUCGCAGAGUCGUCAUAGAAUCCUAUAGAACGUUGCUAUCUAAUCGUUCCAACUUUAGAACGUUGACCCGCAAUUGUAGAUAUUUUAAUCUUCUGGCAUUUUUUCUACGUGAGAAGUUUAGAUCUAUUCUGUGUAUUUACUAACGUUAUGGUAGUUUCCCAUUUCAAUCUCCUUACGCGAUAUUAGGAGUUAAACUGAAUUCCAAAGCUUUAGAAGAAAAAAAAACUGAGAUUUGACUGUAUUUCUUCCUAGGCCCUGGUCCUAUUAAAAUGCAAUGCGUGUUAAUCGUACAGCUGGUUAUGACUGCCCCGAGACACUUCUAUUUGCAGCGUUAAAGCCUUUAGGAAAGGGCGAGUAUGCAUGUAUAAUGGGCCUUUAACAUGCCAUUUAUAGAAGGCAUAUAGAUGAUUACAUAGACAGAAUUCUGCAUUGAUCGCGAUGCAGUGUGAAUGGUGUGUGCAUACUGUACAUGCAGAGAUAUUUACUAAAGUGGGAAUUGUCGGGAAUUAAGGUGAGUUUCGAAUUCUAGGCAAGUUAGACGAACAUAAAACAAAUCUGACUUGGGGGAAUUUUCCAUUUCAACUAUGAAGGUCUAAAAUUUUAAAUUUACUUUGAAUUCCCAAUUUGAGUAAAUAAUUCUAAUGUAUUCGUUUUACUACUUGACCAUACCUUGUAUAUGGGGCUGGGGCAGGUAGGGAGCACUAACAAUUGAAUUUAUAAUCCUGAAAUAUGUAGCUGUGCAAAAUCCUUGUAAUAUCUUUCCAUUUAUGGACUAAAAGGUUUUUACUAAAUGCUAAAUAAUAUGCAUUGACAACUGCAGUAAGACUAGUUUAUGUUGGCUUAAACUUGGAAGAUCUGUGUUAAAAUGACCACACAUCCCAAUUUAGACAACUCACUACAACAUAUAAAAACAUAAGAAAAGUCAAACUGCAAAAACUAUUUAUUUACAUAAAUGGGUUGUAUUACUGAUUGCUGAAGGUUCUAUAUCCUUUCUGCUGCUUUCCAUUUCAAAUAUUGAUAUCUUUCAUGAAUAGACAUAUAUAGAUAUAUAUUCAGCAUAUAUUUUUGUAUUUCUUUUAUCUGUUUCUCUUUCAAGCAUCCCAGCCAUGAAAUAAAGACUGCAAGCUUUUAGGUUUAGUGAGACAAGAUGCAAUGAUUUAUCUACUAAACCUCCCGUAGACUUUAAUGGGGACGUUGUAGAUAACCUAUUUGAAAAGUUUUCUAACAGAUUGUGAUCAAUUUAAAAGCUUAUCCAAGAUAAUUUAAACGAGGCCUUAGUUUACUGCCUAACCCACGUAGUAGCUGCAUUUAAUUUUUUUUUUAACGUGUGUGUUCCUUUUAAAUGUAUUUAUGCCUGUACAUAUGUUAAGCUGUAAGGUUUUUUUUUUUUGGUUUUUUUUAAUAGAAGACUUAAUGGAUGUAGUAAAAAUAUGUUACCUCUGGCACUAUAACUCCCAUAAUCCUCUAGCAGUGUGUGGUAUAUUAGAGAGAGAGAGAGAGAGAGAGAGAGAGAGAGCGAUUAAUUCAGUCCCCUGGAAUAAGGAGGGUGUAAAAAACCUUUACCAGAGGCAUAUUAAUAUGGUCUAUUAAUUACUCUCUGACCAUUAUUAUUCCCAUAAUAGGGGUUUUUCUGACAGCUGAAGUUGAGAAAAAUGCCAUUUAGCUGUGGGGCUCAAUAAAAAUCACGGAGAACAGGUAUAUUUAAGAGUUUCUCACAAUUAGCAGGUCUUGAAAGCAACUACUCCACCCAAGAAAAUGUUAAUAGGUCUUUUGCUAUGCUCCUUGGCGUAAGACUGUUCACACCCUUUGUGACCUGCUAGUUGGCCUGUUUGAUCCUCUAUGGCUUAUUCUGCUGAAGCUGGGCAGGCAGGUAAUGGACUGAAUACAGUGUCUGGAAUCUUAUGCAAGUCUCAAGUCUGUUAGCAUAAAUUUAAGGAUAAUCUGACGGACAUUUUCAACUCAACAGCAGACAAAACAAGUAUUUGGACUAGACUACAAAAGCAGCAGGAGCUGUUGGUUUUUCAUCAGAGACUCUGUAAAUAUCCAUAACAUUGGACUGGUAUAUAAUAGUGACUAUUUAAUUCCUCAUUACUCACCAAGCAUUGUGUAUUGUUACAUAUGACGCCUCAGUUAAUGGGUCUGGGAAUUAUUCGCUGAACAGUGAGCUGGGGCUCAUUGAUAACAUCUUUAAAUCAAAAUAAACGGUUUGCAAAAUACAAAAUCCGUUGUCAGUCAGUUAUUAUAAUUUUUUUUAUUUUUUAUCACACGACACUGUGAUUGAAACCCUUGGUGUAUAUGAAAUGCAUUUAAGUGAGCAAAGGAUAAAACUGUUUAUCCAUUUUAUUCAUUUCAGUUAUACUAUUAAUGACUGAACCUUCAUAUAGUUAAAAUACACCUGAGUAAAAUGAACUUUGUAGAAAGUGUCAAAGUGAGACUAUGUGUAUUGAUCACAGUAUCAGUCCUACUUUACACCUUAAGCCACUUACAAAACUGUGACUUAUUUACUUAAAACAAUGAUUAAGAAAUAUCAACACAUUAAAAAGGGUUUCCCUCUUUUACCCAUUAUGUGCAACAUACCCAUUAUCUGCAAUUUAAGGGUUAGAGUGUUAUGUCCUCAGGAAACGGUAUAACUUAAUAUGUAAAAUGUGCAUUUAGGCCGAAAAAAAAGGAUAUUUUCAAGUGGUUUCGCUGCUUUGUGAAUAGGUGAUUAAAUUAUUUUAUGAAUCCUAUUAGCAUACAAUAUACAAUUUGCUAUAGGAUGUUUAACAAUAAAUGUACAUACAUUUUAUGUAAAGGAAGCAGUGCUGAUGGAUCUGAUAAAAGACAGAUCAUUGUAAAAUAUUUACAAACACACACACUUGUAUAUGUGUGUAUUGUUUUUAUAAAAAUAGAUAGAUAGAUAGAUAGUAUAUACACACACACAAAAAUCCAGGAGCCUUUUUUUUAUGACCGAUUUCCUGAAUAUUGCUAAUUUCUGAACAGAAUAUACACACAGUAUAUGUGGAAUACAUUGUGUGCAAAGAUGAUACACAGCAUGUGACUGUCAGUAGAGCAGUACCUGUGUGCACAUUGUAGCCGGGCUAUUGUUACUAUGUUAAUGAGGCGAUUAGCCUUGUUGGUGAGGAGCAAGGGGAAAAAAAGGGGAGAGAGAACUUUUCACCAUUAGAGGGAGAUGUCAGUGCACCAAAGCAGUGCUCCAGAUUCCCUCUUCCUGUACAAUACAAAUACACACACAGAGGGGCUUCAGACUUUUGGUGAGGGAAAGGAAUAAAGACAAAAUCAUCCAGCCAGCAACCCAUGAAAAUGCUCUGGAAACUGACGGAUAAUAUUAAGUACGAAGACUGUGAGGUAAGAUAAGAACUAAAAAUCUCUCCAACAAUCCUUUGCUUCAUUUUGGCGACUAAUCGCUCAUUUGAACUUAUAGGAGCCAAGUUUCUGCAUCGUGUUCUGAGCACCUCACCUCUGUAUGUCUGUCUCUCCUUCUAUCUACCAGUCUGUCUGUCUGCACUGCACUUCUAUCUAUCUAUCUAUCUCUAUUAUUAUAUAUUAUAAUUUGCAUAAAACUAUAUAUAUAUAUAUAUAUUAAGAAAAAAUUAUCUUUGAGAGACUGUGAGACUUUGUCAUCAAGUCAUCAGGGGGAUGUUGACUAUCAAUUUGGAAUGUAAAGUAUUUUAAUCACGGUGAAUUAAUUAAAAGUUACUAUUUAUUAUUGUUAUUAUUAUUAUUAUUAUUAUUAUUUAUUAGAUGUGGUCCUGCUCUGACACAUUUUUCUCUAUGAUUUGAAAUACGCUGGUACCUUUCACGUUGAGAUCCAGUUUAUUCCUGCAUUGCUGUGUUAUAUUUCUUAGGAAUUGUAGCUUUAUAUUCAGAUUUUUUUAUGAAUUGUACCUUGUUGGGUUUUAAUGAUUGGAGAGUUAAGAAAGUGAAUCCAUCGGUGGAUUUAGAUGUUGUGAUCUAGAUUUUUUUUUUUUACCUUCUCGGUGUUCUGAUGUUAAAUCACCCAGCCUUUGGGAUGAGUAGUAAGUUAGGCAUUGGUAGUGAGUUUGGCUUACUGGCUUGUUGUGACUUGCAGGCAGCUGCACUGAAAGGUGUUCAUGAGGAUUCCCCAAGUGGCUGGUUUGGUUUUUAAGAGAAAGCUUGUCUGCAAUGUACAAGUCAAUCACAGGUGUGAUCAGAUUAGUCAUAGCUAAGUAAUAUCAAUCUAUGUCUGUGCUGUUCAGAUCUAUGUCUGUGCGUUCAGAUACAUUUUACAUUAUUGUUAUUUGACUUGAUUAUAUAUUUUGCACUACCCCUUUGAUUUACAAACGUGUUUCUAUUACAACAACAAAAAAAAACAAAAAACAUCCAUUUCGAUUUAGCUAAAAUGUAUUCCUUAAUCCUGAUUUGCUCUUUUUAACAAAAAAUAUUUUUUGCAUUUUGUUAGAGAUCUGUAAGGCAUAGCUGCACUUUAUCAUGAAAUCAAGAUUAUUGUGUGAGGAUCACAAGCCAUUUGUAAAAUCCCCAUAAUUAGAGCGGAGUGAAAUGUUUCGGUUUUCAGAUCUAGCUGCUCACAAUCAGCCUUCCAGUGUGAUAGAUAAAGAGCCCAUUGCAGGCUUACUGCACCCAAACUCCAGUUCAGAGACUGUAAUCUGCCUUUCAAUGUGAGAUUAAAGCUUUAUUUUGUUAGGUGUGCAUAGCUGUGUAGGAACAUGCAGGCGCUGAAUGACUAUUGUUAUUCUAACCCUAGCCAGCUAGGAGCUCUCUGUAAAGUUGAGCAUGUAAUAUUUUGGAGGAGUUGUUUGCUGGAGUUGUAGAGCCAGUCGGACAGGUUUGGAGUGGGAAGAAAGAGCCAGGAUCAGGCGGAAGGGACACAGCAGCAGAGCCGGGCUAAACCAAGCUGUGCUGGACUCAAGCUGUCCCAAGGAUAGCCAAGGACUGCAGGCAGCCUGAUCCAAGAGUCCCACCUGACCCAGACCCAGGUCCACAGAGCAUCCUUAGCCUGGAUCUCCAAUCAAAGUGAGAAAAUCACAGCCUUUCCAGAGUUAAAGACUUUCUGUGCUCCCUUCCGGGACCAGCAUGCUCUCAAAACAAGCACAACCAGGGCUGAGCUGCUUCCCUGUCUGCUGCCCACUCUUUGUCUGAGCCCCAGCCUGCUGUGUGUGUUCUAGGGGACAGGAUCUGCUCUGCAUUCUGAGAGCUAAACCGAAACAGGGAGUUAAAAGGAGACUUCUCUCUAAGCACAGCAUAAAAGGCAGGGUUAAUUAUAGCUGAGGGGAGCAGGAGAUUUCAGAGAUCUGCCUGGCUGGAUUUGCUGGCUGCUUUAUUUGUUGCAGGCUAAUUUUAUCUGCAGGAAAGGGAAGCAUUUUUUUUUUUUUAAAGGGGGGGUGGGGGUGGUUGUGGUUGUUGUGGUUGAAGCCCAUCGGGCUAUGGAUCAGGUUCAGAGGACUGGAGAUCCGGGCCCCUCGGAUACAGAAAUGAAAAGCAAAGAAUUGGAGAGUACAGGCAGCCUUCCCAACCCCAGCAGCAAGAGGAGGACUUCAGAGCUUCCCAUGGCAUAUCCAGCUUAUUCCCAGGAUUCUCAGGUGCCAAUCCCUUGUACUAACCCCCAUCCCUCCUUUACUGUCAACUGCUGAUCCCCACACUCUAGAACUCUUUCACUUUACAUGCCCUCCAACCUUUACAACGUCCCCUCUUCCCUGUGAUUCGCCAGCCAACCCCCCUCUCUCUCUCACUCACUCUGUGUCUCUCCCCCCUUUAUCCUCCCCCUCCACCUCUGAUUAGAUACACUGAUUCUUCAUUCAAUGGACGUCAUUUAGAACAAGGCACUGCCUUGAGUUGCUUCCCCGGUUCAUGCUCGAUUUGCAGCCAUUCUUCCUUUAUUAAGUAUUGGUGUAAUAUUAAUAGUCAUGAAUAUCUGCUAUUAGUGGCUCCAAGGAAAACAGCUCGUGUCUGUUAGCAGGAAACCUUUGCACAAGUGAAGAGGAGAACAGAGAGAGAGGGAGCAAGGAUUAAGGAAAGAGAGAGAGGGGAAAAAAAACUUUGCAUAAAAACAUCCCUCCCAGAUUGUGUUUUCAACAUCAAAUGAAGAAAAAUUUAUUCAACGUCUGAUGGAUUAUGGUCUUUGGUCGGUGCAUAAAAAUCGGUGGCUUUAUGUUUUUUUACUUAUAAUAUUUUAGUGCUGAGUGUUUUUUUUAAAAGCACAUCGUUCUUUUCCCUCCUUGGUAAAUUAUUUCCGAUUUCUUACCUUGAUUUUUUAACAUACUAUUCACAAAUGUUAGUUCACAGUUUUUCCGCUAUGGUGAGUUAUUGAAAUAGUUUUUUAUUUUUAUUUUUUUAUUAUAUGUGCAUAUUUUUUUUUUAAUCAUUAUUACCUUUGUUAUUCUAUUUUGUACUUCGUCGUUUUUGUUUUUUGUUUGUUUUGUUUUCGGUUUUUCAUUUGUCGGUUUAUUUUGCCUGUUCGAAAACACCCACGAUUUUGAUUUUCCACCUUUUCAUGGGAUAUUUUGUAUCAUUCAUUAUGUUUUAUUGCUGUUAUUACACGCUGUUGUAUCUCAUGUGCCUCCUGUCUGCUCUAUGAUCAAAUAAGUCUUUACUAUUCGAAAACAUAUAUCUGUUUAAUGUUAACCUUAAACAUAUGCUAGAAUGGUAUGUGCUCUAAUUUAAUGCAUGCUUCUUUACCUCUCUCCGCCAGGGCUGAUGGGGAAAAAAAACAAACAUUUUUUAUGCCUUCUAUAUUUUGUUUGCUGCAUUACAAUGCUUUUUAUUGCUUUUAUUAAAUCUCCAUUAAAUGCAUUGUAUGGCCUGCAUACCAGGAGAAUUGUGCUACACAGUGUUCCACGCUGUAAAAUCAGACAAAACAGGCAUUUCAACAAAAUAAAGAGACUUGUUGUCACUUAGAUCAUAACAAACCAUAGUGGGCUUAUCUUCCAGAAUUCAAGCAUGGAGAUAGCUAAGGCUUAGUAUGUGAAAAAUAUUUUAAUGCAAGAUGAUGGUCUUUGUAAUUGAAACUUGAUUGUUAACAUUUUUAAGAAAUAAUAAAAGAUUAUAUAUAUAUAUAUAUAUAUAUAUAUAUAUAUAUAUAUAUAUAUAUAUAUAUAUAUAUAUAUAUAUAUAAACAUUUCUUAAAAAUGUUAGAAAUCGUGUGAAAGUUAAUAUAUAUAUACCUCGGGUCAGUAAUAAUAAUUAUGUGCUUAUAUAGGGGUAGUGUAUGUCUGUGUGUGUGGCUGUGUAUGUAUGUAUCCAGCUGUGGAAUCCAUAUCCAUUAUUCUUGUUUUUGUAUUCCUUACCCAUCUAAUGCUCCCUAUGUCUUUGGCUAUUUUUUUAGGAUCGCCAUGAUGGUACCAGCAAUGGGACUGGUCGGCUCCCCCAGCUGGGCUCGGUGGGCCAAUCUCCCUAUGCCAGCGCUCCCCCACUCUCCCACACCCCCAACGCUGACUUCCAACCCCCCUAUUUCCCCCCUCCGUAUCAGCCCAUAUACUCCCAGUCUCAAGAUCCCUAUUCUCACGUUAGUGAUCCCUAUAAUCUUAACUCACUCCAUGCCCAACCGCAACCUCAGCACCCAGGAUGGCCAGGGCAAAGGCAGAGCCAGGAGGCCAGUCUGUUACACUCACACCGGGGGCUGCCCCACCAGCUGUCUGGCCUGGACCCUCGCAGGGAUUACAGGAGGCAUGAAGACCUACUACACGGCCCUCACGGGCUCAGCUCAGGACUUGGGGACAUCCCUAUCCACUCCAUACCUCACGCCAUUGAAGACGUCUCGGUAAGCUAUGACUUGUAUAGAUCAUCAUGACAAAAAACAAAUACUUAAUUUCUCAUGAUUUAUCUUAGCUUCUAAAAACUAUACUUUCUCAGAUCACAGACCCGAAGAAGGAAUUGUUAAAAAAAUAAAUAAUAAUCUUCCAUUUCUCACAAAACCAGGAAAUGAUCCUUAAAUCUGUGUUUAUUUGAUGUCCUCAUAAAAUAAAUAAAACAAAAAUCAGCUUUUCAAUAGGUUUGAUAAAGGAAUAGAAUGCAGGAGAAAAAAAUGUAUUUUUAGGGCUAAUGCAGCUGAUAUUAGUCUGAAUAUUUAUAGCUGUAGACUUAUAUCAAUCUAAAGACUUAGGUCUGCAGAAAUGAAUGGGCGGGCUUUAAUAAAACAAUAUGCAUCUUACUAUUAAGAAAAAUGUGGGGGAAAUCAGUGAAGUGUUGCUCAAAUGUGUCCAUGUAGCUGACAUAACUGUAAAAUAUAAAAUGACAUCAUAUUAAAAGGAAUCUUGUAAUAGAUGUAUAUUAAAUAUACACAGUUAUAACCCCAUAGGAAAUCUAUCAGUAUAUACCAAGGCCAUCUAUGAACUUGUAGCAAAUUAAAUAACUUGAAACAGUCGAAUAAUAUAUUAUUCGGAUGUGAUUCGGUUGUCAAUGGGUGCAAUUAAACUAUUUCCCAAUUAAACAGGACACUGGUCAUUUAUUUCACUAAACAACUAAAUACAAAAGCAGACAUAUUGUAAACAAAUCGAUUGAAGGACAUUCCACAGUUCUGUUUGUAACCUUGAAAUAUCCUAUAUUAUUUAUUGAAAUGGCCAGCUAGUUUAAUGAAAUAGCUGGCAAGUGUAAUGCAUAUUUAUUAAUAAUACACACAGAAAAAAAAUCCAGAUUUGCAGAAGUACAUAAUGCAGUCAUAUUGGUGUUGACAGUUUAACGAUUUCAGUGUCUUCUGGCUGAUUUGAGGUUAUACAGACAUUUUUUAACACGCCACAGUUUCGUGGAUAUUUAAAAAUAAAUAUGAAAAAUGAAAAAAUAAACUGUGGUUGUUUGACAAUGUUUUUGUUGAACUGAAAUGAAAAAAAAAAUGAUGUUUGUAGUUACAUAAUAUUUAGAUGUUACAAUGUUUAACAUAGGAUCUCAAGAGCCUUCUAAUUAUAUGUUUAUAAAACAAUUGCACAAUGCAAUAGUCGAUCAGUUUUAAAGAACAAAGGCUGUGUGGGACCUAGUCACUGCUGCAGCCAGUAAUUCAAUAUUUUACCAUUAUAAUGACCUGUCAUUCUUCAUAUCACAGGCAUUUACAUUAAAUUCUACCUCAUGCGUGUUAAAUAUAAAUAUAAAGUAGGUUACCCGGGGCAAACGAACGAUAUGGGCGGCUAUUCAGGAUUAACUUACUCUUUGUUAUUUGUUAAGUGUUCUUCUUCUGUGUUUUGUGAUUAAGCAUUUCAAAGACCAUAAAUAUGAAUAAACCAUAUGCAGUAUAAUAUCAAAACUGAAGGGUUAAAACGAAUUUAAAUGGCAGCACUAAAAUCAUUUUCAGUUACCACUGACAGCCACAUUUUCCUGAUAGAGGUAAAUAGGCCCUUAAUAACUAGGAAAUAGUUUAAUGAUGACAUAACUAAGUAAGGUAUAUUAAAGUAAGUAUUAGGCUUAACUGAAUGUUUUAGUUGAAAAAAAUAAAUCCAAAUCAAAGUAUUAGACCACAGUACAUUUAUUUUAUGGAUCUUAUGUUGUAGCACAAAGGGAUCAUAUUUCUCCAUAUACUUAGAACACAAGGGCUGUAGUAGACUAUUCUGAACAUUUCUCAAUUUAAUUAUACUUAAAUUCAGGAGCACUUUAGGCAAGUUACAAAUGAGAGCAUUGAGUACAAUAAAACAUGUAAUAAAGCAACUUAGUACCAUCCACCCGGAAUCAUAGAGAUCAGCCUCAAUUAACAGGAGCAUAAAUCUAAGAGGGAAUGGUAAAUGUACUUAACAUGUCUAUUAUUAUUGGGCAAAGGCAUAGAAAUAAGUGGCGAUUAAUGACAGUAUCAAUGUGCUGGAAAAUUGUAUUAUCAAAUGGAUCAGAUCAGAACCAGGCUGGUGCUCUGAUCACAGGCCAGCUCCUUUUCAGAGCUUUCCUUUUACUGGUUAAAUGUAUCUCAUUCAGUUUGCAUGUGUGGUUUCUGUUCUGAUCCUGCUACUAAUAAAUUGCAUUAGAUAGGGGUUUUGUUCUAGAAAAAAAAGGCAAAUUCCAUAUUUCCUUUUGAUUUGUUUUUGAACAUUUGUUUCAGUUUUGAUUUGAUUGUAACAUGUUGUUUAGCAUUUAGAAUUGGGGAUGUCGAUGGAGCCUCCCUAUGAUGCUUGAUUUGCCCUCAUUCUUGAAAUUAGAAUUGGAUACAUUUUAUGUUUUGUUAGUUUUUUUUAAAUUUCGAAAUAUUUCCUGCUUUCUGUUAAACACCGGGAUCCAGGGUGGAAUUGUGAAAUCGUUACUAUUGCAAUGUUUUGCCCACAAUGCUGGCUCUCAAAGGGUUAAUCUGGCACUGUGAAUGGACUUUGUUGUUUUUUUCUUAAAAUAUGAAAACUGUUUUAGCAUUAAUGAUAGAACGUUCCAAAGUAUCAAAUUGAAAAAAAAAAAACAAACAAACAAAAAAAAAAAAAGCUACAGAAUUCCUAAAACGUUGAACACGUUGCAGCAUACAGCUAUUGCAAGCUCUGUUAUACUUGUAUUUUUUAUUAGCACAGUAUUGACAGGAGUCUCAGAAUUCCCUCUUUUUGUUGUGGCAGUGUAUUAAAACAUUUAUGUAUUUCUGUUGUUGCAGCACGUAGAAGACCAAGGCAUCAAUAUCCCAGAUCAAACUGUAAUUAAGAAAGGUAGGCUAUUUUCGUUUGCAUUCCUAACAAGUUCUCACAAGCUUUUUCCAUACUUAAAAAAGGCCAGGCUUCGUUUUGAAGUAUUUAAAACUUGUAGUCUGAACAGAUAUUUACACAUAUUCACAGAUAUAUUUGUAGAAGUAUGGUUCCAUUUUAUUUUUUAAUGUAGUCACAUACACAUCUUUAUAAAUGUUUGUGUGUGUGUGUGUUUGUGUGUAAUGUUUCACUGUACGUAUUAUUUAAGUAGAUAUUAACAUAUCACAUAAACCGCAUGCCUGUUUUUGGUCUGUGUAAUGGCUUCCUUUCAGAAGAUACUGGUUCAGUUCUGGGUAUAUAUUGUGGGUAUUGAACAAUAGGUCUAGUUUAUUAGAUGACUCCAAUAAUACAGUAUGUGAUUAUUCGCUAUUGUAGCAGCGCAUGUGGCUGAUAGAACAAGGAAUGAUACCAGUACCAAGCAUUAUUUUCAUAAACAGAAAACAGAUACAUAGUUAUAUUUUAUUAAUGAAUAAUAAAUAACCAGAAAACGAAAUUACUUUUAUGUAUCAUUUUUUUUUUAAAAUCACUAUUGCGAUUUAAAUUAAGGGAGAUAGAUCUGAGAGAUACUCUUUGCGAAUACAACAUGAUAAUUGGUUCUUCUAUUAGUAAUCUCAAGAGUUCGUUUAACUCCUAUUGUCUCUAUUAGCCUCCCCAGAGCUAUUAAUGUCACAAGUGAUCUAUCCAUAGCAGAGUCCCCAUACGUCUGAAUAUCCCCACCAAAUUAGACACACACCACUUCCAUACCCACAUGAUUAUACAUUUAGUUACAUCCCUGGCUAUUUACAUACAUAACAUAUGGAGCAUGAAUGUGGAUCUUCUGAGUGCAUGUUACAUGUGCUUUCUUGUGCCUGCAUUGGGCAAGCAAUGUGUGUAGCUGGUCUAGAUUUUGGGGUAGGUAAUCCACAUUAUUAUGGAUGAGUGGGGUGAGAGAUUUAGAAUUUGUUCUAAAAUAAAAGACAAAUUGCAACAUAUUCAUAUUUUCUACAUUGUUUUUUUAGCCCAAGUUAAAAUUCCUCAAAUAUGACACUUUAGCUCAAUGUCUAAAGAGAAAUUGAAUAGGAUAUUAUUUAUGCUCUUACAAAUAAUGAAAAAUCGUCACUAUGGUCAUUGCAGAAUAAAAAUGAUAAAAUAAAUGAAAAUGUCAGUAAGAUGAAUCUUUUAAACACAAACGAACAUACAUAAACAAAAUGUCUACAAACAUGUAUACACAUAUAUUAUGAUUGUAUUUCUUGUAAAUGGAUACUUAUAAAAAAAAAAGACUGUUUUUCAUUUUUGACGUCAUUGUCUAAUAUCAUUUUUAAGGAAGUUAACGCAGACCUUUUAAUUUCAUAGAAUAUAGAAAAAUGUAAUUUAAGUGUGUCCAUUCCUUAUUCGGGGUCUAUUCGCUAAACAGCGAAUAUGGAUCCAUUAAGAGACGAUUUGUAAAAUUUUAGCUAAGUUAAAAAAAAAAAAAAAUGCUCCAGAACUAGUGAAUUGAGAUCUGUUUCUGCCUCUGAUAUUUAACCUAACUUUUUUCAAAUCGGUUCUCUGCUCAGCAUAGCUCGCUGUUUAGUAAAUUGAUACCAUUGUGAAAAAUAAGCGUGUUUCCCAAAUUUUGAUUUAAGUAUUGUAUUUGAGAAAAAUAUUGAAAAUAAUCCUAUGCUUAAAGUCCUACAUGCCAUAAUCUUAGUAUUAGUGCUUUUAUCUUUGGGUGAACAAAUCAUUUAUAAAUCGUAUUUUUUCCGUCUUAAUAUUAUUUGAACUGCUUUUUACUUAAGCUGAAAGAUCAGUGCUCCUUGUUUAAGUUUGGGCAUAAAAUUGUCCAGAUCUGUGUGGUACAUCCUUGCAUAGUGGGUAAUGUUGCAAGAGGGGGUGUAUCUUAGUACCAAACUAUCUAACCAUAAUCAGUAAUUAAAUCAGACAGAAUUUUCCCUCAACAAGACAUUGUGCAGUUCAAAUGCCACUUUCUGCCUCAACGUGGCGCUUGAGGACUUUUCUCUUUCCAAGUCUUUCUGCUCUCUUGGUUAACCCUGCUCAUUGCUGGAGGCUUUAACACAUCUACACAUCGCUGGUCACUGCCACAUUACUGGCCAAACAAAGCACACAUAGAGCACAUCAUAAAAUAGCAAUAAUUAUCUAUCUACUGCUAGCACUACUCUAAUCCAAAAACAUGUCAAGAAUUCUCUAUUCAAUAUUGAAAUCAUUGUUUAGAGAAGUAUUUAUGGCUAUGAGGGAUUACAGUCUGCUUAGGAAAGAAAACCAGUAAAACACACACACACACACACACACACACACACAUACAUACAUACAUACAUACACACACACACACACACACACACACACACACAAAACCCCCCAAAACAAAAUAUAUAGGAACAAAAUUUGUAAUACACACAACAGCCAUGUACUACUAUACACAAUAUAUAUAUAUAUAUAGUGUUGUGUGUGUCUAUAUAAAUAUAUAUAAAAUUCGAAAAAGAUAUGUGUAUUUAAUAGUUACUUUUUUCCAUUUACUUAGUGCAUGCACACACAUUGUUGUUUUGCAGCAAGUUAUAAUGCUGCACACUUACAAUCACCCUUUGCAUUAUAUAUAUAUAUAAAAUAAUUAUAAAGAAGAAACUCUUUUAGUUUCCUGUCACUCCUGUUUCUUGCAGGGCCUGUAUCAUUGUCUAAAUCCAAUAACAAUGCAGUAUCGUCCCUCUCUCUCAACAAAGACAAUCUGUUCGGUGGAGUAGUCAAUCCCAAUGAGGUGUUCUGUUCAGUUCCUGGCCGCCUGUCUCUACUCAGCUCAACUUCAAAGUACAAGGUGACAGUGGCAGAAGUACAGAGACGAUUGUCCCCGCCCGAGUGCCUCAAUGCUUCUCUGCUGGGUGGAGUGCUUAGGAGGUAAGAUUCUGUUCCUGCUGUGUCUCUGGGGUUUGGGAUUGCUUGUGGUGAUUCAUCUGUUCUCAGCUUGUCUCCUGGUGUAUUUUCAAGUUUUGGUAAAAUAUCAGGGAACCCAGGUAAAAGAUAAGAAAAUGAAUCAAAGGUUUUCAUAUUAGGAAACUACACGUUGAACCAUGGGCCCAUAUGGAUACAGAAUGAUUCUGGGGAAAAGUUCCAAACUUGCAGCUACCAAUAGGAACAUUCCAUUGGUUUCCAUAGUGAUAGAUCUACUUUAGAACGUUACCCACAAUUUGCUGUUGCUACUAAAUAUCUGCAGCUAUGUAACAACAGUUAAGAUAUAUUGACCUUAUUUAUACUAGAUCUCAUAGAGAUUAUUAGAUGUUAGGCUAAUGGAGCCACUGAACAUAAACACAAUGAGAGUUGACAUUAGGUGUAUUUGCAUGGAGAGAGAAUCUGUAUUUGCUCCUAGUCAUUAGCUGUUGACUAUUGCAGGGUAAUUUUAAGGAGUUACUGGUAAAAUAACAGCUCUGUAGGUGCUAGUGCUGAUGCUAUGUUGUUUGUGAUGAGGGAUUGCAUCAUGGAGACUGGUGUUUUGUAUAUUAAAUGUCCCUUCAAGGUGCAUAUAAGGACAUGCAGAGUACAUACAGAGUAUGGGCCUUGCACUGGGUGAUACAGAAAAGAAAUGAAAUUGUGUAUGUAACCAAAUCUGAGUUUGCUGAAUGAAGUGUUGCAUCAAUUUUGGAUGGUGUUCAGGAAAUUUCCUUUUUUUUCGUUCUCAAGACUUUGUUUAACCGUUUGAGAGCCAGGUAUAAGCCCACUCAGCAGUUCACCUUAAAUACUGUUGCCGUUUUCUUUUCUUUCAUAAUGCUGUCGAGAUGACAGUUACAAUGGCACACGUGUAUGGUGUCUAACAACUAUUCAUAAACAGUGGUUACUUACCCCUAAGGCACAAGGGAGGUGGCAUGUCACUGAAGCCUUAGUAUACAAUGUGUGAGGUUCCAUCAACAUUAACAGGCUGUUGACAUACAUUGGUCUAAAACCACGCCCCCUUUGCUCUAGAAUCACACCCACGAGGCUAGAAUGACACUAGAUUAGAGAAUAAAAAAGGCAGAUAGGCUCCAGAAGACAUUCAUAUUAUGAUAAAUAAACUCUGUCUUAUUCAAAGUAGUAUAUAUAUAUAUAUAUAUAUAUAUAUAUAUUUAAAUAUGCACAUAUACACUGAGGUAGCAUCUCUAUAACAAUGCUAAUUCAUUUUAAAUUCGUUAUUAUUAUUAUUAUUAUUAUUUACAUUCAGAAAUACAAUCUGGGUAUGCUUGAUAAGAUUAGCCAACACGAAAUAAACUGAAAAUACAGUAAGAUUGGUUCUGCGCUAUUUUCUAUAAAUAGAUAAAAAAGCAAUUCUAAUUAGGUGCUUAUUUCCUGUGCAAUACAUAAUUUAUUAAGUUCGAACACUUUUUGGUUGAGUUUAAAUUGUGUAAACUAAGAAUACAUUAUUUAUUUAGUUGCUGAUUUAAUGGUAUAUAUCCAAUUUUAACCUCAAUCCCUUAGUAGUAUUUUAAUGUCAUUGUACUUUGCGACGUUUUUUUUUCUGUCGAAAUGAUUUGUUGUAAUUAACAGCCUUGCAUUAAUAAUAAAUAAAUCGCAAGCCAUGACCAAUCUUUUUAUCAAUUCUAAUUACAAUAUCAAUUUGAUACAGCGUAAUGCUUAUUUAAAUUGGUUCGGUUACAGGAAGAAAAAAAAAUCCCAACUUGCAUGCUAUUAGUUUAGAGAAUAACUCAGCUUAGAAUAAGGAAAUGUUAUUUCACCCUGAUGUCUAUCAGGUAAACACAACACUCUAGAAUUAAUUGUGGUAUUCUAGACGGCAAUUUAACCCUUAUCUUCCCAAAGGAAUAUGUACUGAGGUUUGUUUUAAUAAUCAUAUUAAGCUUCAGACAUUUCAGCAUAUGAUGCAAUUCUAACAAUUCUUUUAUAUUACCAGUUCAUACCACUUGUCAGUGUCUAAAUUCAUCCAGGUAUCAUAGGUUUCUCAUUAGAAAUUUGUAUCUAGGGUAAUCCUACUGUGCUGUAAGUAUCAAGUUAUUAGUUUAAUUGUAACCCUUCAGAAUGUCCUUAUUAUUAUUACUACCUGAUCAAAUAACACAGGCUGUAUUUAGGAAAGUCAUGUGGAUCUUGAGUAAGGAAGAGAGGAUCAGAGACAAAAUAACUAAAACCAGGAAAAAUAAAACUAUAUAUAUGUAUAUUUAAACCACAUAUAAUAUGUUCAUUAAAUGCACGUGUUUGCUUAAAAUACAAAACACUAACUGUACACAGAAAUCAGUUAGUACAUUUUUCAUUUUUCCUGCCACAUACCUACCCAUGCCCCCUUCACAGGUCUAACUUUCUUUGAAAACAAUGCACAAACCUUCCCUUUUUUUCUGAAAUACAGGAUUAAUCUGAUUUCUCUGAUGCCCUUCAGAGAUGUCCCAUACAAGACGUUAAUGCCACGUUCUAGCUGGGCCACCAAUAUCUAACUAUAGGAGCAUUCAUGUGUUCUCUAAAUGACAUGAAUGGAGGGGUAAGGGGGUGGCCUCAUUUUACUGGGUCAGAAUAGGUCACUUUUCUGAGCUAUGAUGAUCUUGGUCCGUGGCCAUGUCAACACAUUCCUCUUCCCAGCACAUCAAUUAAAUUUUGCCCUUGCAUGGAGUGACCUGUGUGAAAGUUUUCUGUGUUGAAUGAUUUAGGGAGGAGUUCACGUGACGUCAAAAUGUUUCAAUGCAUUCAAAGCCUGGGACAUUGGCUUUAAAAGAGCACUGAUAGAGUUAAUGAUAGGAACAAGGGAGGUUAUGUAUAAAGCACUAUUCUGGGGCAAAGUUCCAAAAGUAAUGCAAUCAGCAGAAACAGAUAUUGGUUUCCAUGGUGAUCACUCCUACUACAGUUAGAACUUUGCCUAAACAUUGAUCUUGGAAACUAGCUGUUUAUUAUUAUAUUAGGAUUAAUGUUUCAAAUGUCUAACUGAUAUUUUAUGUGGGAAACACACAUAUGUUGAUUUAUCAUAACAUACUGUGGUUGUUGAUCAAAAUACUAAUUUGCUUACUUCAAAACAAUAAUGUAUACAUUUGCUUUAUAUACCAGUGUGCUUCAAUGUGAUUGGUGCAAUCUUGAAUUGAAUUUAUUCGAAUGAAAAUAUUACAUCCUAAAUGUGUUCUUUUUUGAUCAUUUCUUUGAUUGUAUCAUCAUUUGUUUACAAAAAGAAAUAUGUGAUUUAAGUUCUUUCCUAUGUUAAAUGUGUAAAUGACUAAGUGCUUAUUUCAGUCUAUCACUUAUCCCCAAACUGGUUAAAUAAAUGUUUUUUUACAUUUUUUAUUUUAUAACUUUUUUCUUUUCUUUUUUUUUAUAGGGCAAAGUCCAAAAACGGAGGGCGAUCGUUGAGGGAAAAACUAGAUAAAAUAGGUUUAAAUCUCCCAGCAGGGAGGCGUAAGGCUGCUAAUGUUACCUUGCUCACAUCUCUAGUAGAAGGUAAGGAACAAUUUAUUUGUUUUUCUUCUAUCUGCAGUAGCUAAACCGACCAUAAUCGUUCCUGAUUGCCAUCAUUUUCAGAUCUCAAAUAUGACCAAAAAAAGGCCAAUACCAAUUUGAUAAUAGUUACAUACUUAGUUUUAAGUUGUUUUCUUUCAAAACAAUAUAGUAAAUAGUUUAAGCUGAUCUGCCAUCUGCAGAGAGAGAGUGGCUGACUAUUAUUUCCUGAAUUACUUUGGGGAUGCUUGACCUAUGCCAGAGGGAACAUUACCCUGUGAGGAUCUGACGUGGUCUGAUUGCUGCUUCGAAAAUAUAGGAAGUGAAUCUCAACAAAGCUACAAAACAUUGUCCCUUCUUGUACUAUUGUAGCAAAUAAUACACCAUGCAUGCUUCGAUGACACAAUUAAAAACAAAUUAACCAUAAAAUCCAACAAAAUAUAUUCUAGAAUGUGGUGUAAUAUAAUUUAACAAAAGCAAAUAAAAUAUUAUAUUGUAAAUACUAUUUUAUAUUGUUCUGAAUUAUGUUUGCUUGAAACCCCUUAAAACAGAACAGGAGUAAAUAAUAGGGUAAUUUAAAUCUGAAUAUUGUAUCAAACUGCAAUGCAUAGGGGUUAAAUAUGGAGAGCUAUUCUGGGGCAAAGUACACGUUCAACUGCAACAUUCUAUUGUUUCCAUGGUGAUUGUUCCACAUUUAGAACGUUGUCCCAGAAUUAAUUCUUUAGGAAUAACCCCGAUAGCAACGUGUUUUAAAAGGGCUACACUUCACAUGUAACGCUCACAGAGCCUACACUGUCUUAAAGGGAUACCUCGCACGUCACACUUCUAGAACACAUGGCAAUUGUCUGUCUGCUUUUGUUUGUGAUGUUUGUAAAGUAGGCGAGAGAAAUGAGGUUUGUAGAGGGUGGGAGGUAGAUACAAUCGGUGUCCUGGCCUGAUGAGGCAGUUCCUGAUGAGUGCUGUUACUGUUUAUGAUCUGUUCCAUCCUUCUGGAAACCAGCUCAGUGCCUGGGACUUUGAAGCCCUAAUUGGCGCAUGCGUUCUUCCGGAGUGCAACUAAUAGCAGGAAACCCUGCAGUAAAAUCCAACUGCUUCAGGAAAUUAAAACCAAAGAUUUGAAAAUCAACAAAACAGACAGACUCCGAGCACUGACCCCGAAAUUCUCAUAGCUAAUCGUUCAGGAUAUAAAUAUAAAAAAGGAGAUCACUUUAAAGAGUAAGAGUCAUCACAUGUCAGCACUUGGACCACUGCCCUAUUCUCUAAUUCCAAGUGGCUGUUGAGGAAUCUAUACAUUAAUAUGUAUAUAUAUAUAUAUUUAGUUACAGAGUAACUGCUAAACGGAUCAGUAGGUUUAAUGCACUGUUUUGAAGGAACAGAUCGAGGUCAAAUAAUUUCAUGUAUAACCCUGUGAUCAUUCAUUAUUAGUAUAGCGUGUUACUAAAUUAUAUCUAUGCUGUGAUCUGUGCAUUUAUUUAUUUAUAACCCAAAACAAACGUAUAACAAUUAAACUGUACUUGUAAUAUUUCAUUGUUAUAUACUAUAUUUAUUUGGAGGAAUUUGAUAUCCUCUGCAAUAAGGUUGUGAAUGGAAGCUAGCUUGAACAGGGCCCUCAACACCCAUACAAAUACAUGUGUGUUAGUCCACCUAUUGUACAGCGCUGCGGAAUAUGUUGGCGCCUUAUAAAUAAUAAUAAUAAAGUAGAAGUAUAUACACAAAACAGUGACUACUGAUCCACUAGUCAUAUUUAAUAUUUAGAUAUAAAAAAUUAAAUUAAAAAUAAUGUCCUGUUGAUUACAGUUAGAGAUUUUAUUUAACUCUAUCAUUACUGUAUUAUGUUGUAGAUCUAUUAGUUCUCAACACACUGCUUAGUGAAUAGAGCUCUCAUUUAAAGUCCACAUCAUGAUAUAUUCUUUGUUGUUUUUAUUAGUAGAGUUGGUUUGUGUGUGAAAGGUUUGGUUUCAUGUGAGGCUUGCUAUGUGCAAUGUAUGUAAUCAGAAGCAAGGCAUUCUUUAGCUGUUUGUCUAUGUAAACACAAGUGCUGAACAAACAAAAUCUCCUUCCUUGCCACUUUCACUCACUCAGUAUUUGUUCUGUUUCUUUGAAGGAGAAGCUGUUCAUCUAGCCCGGGAUUUUGGAUACGUCUGUGAAACCGAAUUUCCUGCCAAAGCAGUAGCUGAAUAUGUCAACCGACAACAUUCUGACCCAAAUGAGCAAGUGACGAGGAAAAACAUGCUGCUGGCUACAAAGUAAGGAAUCAUUCUAGAACAUUCUAAAUGGGUCAAUAGUGGGAUGGUUUGGGAAUAACACCACCACCAGUUGGCUGAGAUCACACAUAAGUUUGAGGGUUUGUUUCAAAUGAUAUUCAGACAGCUUUGCAUCAGGCGAAACGUUGUCCAUAGCACCUGUAGCACAUUGUAUAAACAUUCACAAAUGUAGUUGUUUAACAUCAGGGCCUCAAAUAGACCCACAUUUAUUUCUAUGUCUGUUUAGAAAAUGGUGGAUUAAACAUAUCUAAUGAAACAAUGAACUCCCUGAUAUUUUUAGCUAGAUACAAUCAUUUUAGUAAACGAUUUCCAGAAAAUCAUCCCUGAGGCCUGGAAGCCAGCACCACUGAGAGGGAACCUUUAUUCCCCAGCUAAGUGAUCUAGUUUGGCAACAGACCUAUAGAGCAGUAGGGAACCUGUGAAACCAUGCUUGUAUCCUAUAUCUUAUACUAAAUACACAGCGAUAAACUAUUGGCACUUAUAGACUGUGCAGAGUUAAUCAUUUUCUACAAGCAAAUAGCUUCCCAUCUUGGAAGCGAUAAGAAUUCAACUCAUUAAAGUACUUAUCUUAAUUAACUGGAAAUCCAGUGCGUGCCUAAGCACAAGACCGUUCAGAUAUUUCCUUUAGCAGGGCUGUAUUUUAAUAUAUGUUUACAUAAUUUCUGUUAAACAUAGAAUUGAGAAAUUGCUGAUAAGGAUCACACUGACCAUUGUAAUAUUUUAUACUUGUGUCAUCUAAGAUUGGAAACACGUGCCAGGAAAGUCAUUAUAGUAAGACAACAUAUCUUGGGGCUGUUUGCCUUUGAGUGUUAGUGAAUUGUCAUUGCAGAGAGAUUGCUUUGGAACUUAUGUACUUAUGUAUAGUUUGUCCAGUUAGUGCCAUGGUGCACUGGAGGGAUAGCUGUGCAGAAUAUUAUAUAUAGAUAAGAAUACCUUGAAACAUUGUUGAGCAGAACAUCAAGAGUUCCAGUGGAUCCAUACAAAAUAGAUUUUAAGAUAACUUCAAAAUUAACUUUCUAGAUGCUGGGAGGUCCAUUUUAUAGGUAGAAGUACAUAUGAGAACGAUAUAUUGAUCAGAUUCCAAGUUAUCAUCAGGGUUAAAGCUGACAGCAGAAUAUAUAGCCUAAUAUAUUAUGACAUGUAACACUGCUUUAGAGUGAGUGAUAAGUUUUUGUUUGGCCUACACAGAGUCCCUAGGCUUAAACCUUCUAAGGGUUCCUUUUAGAACAUGUAUCUGUGUUAAUUGUAAGCAUUAAUAAUGCUCAAUGCUUGUAUCCUUUAUUAUCAUAUUGAUAAAUUUGUACAGUUCAAUCUGACCUAUUUAUUCUGUUUUUUUACAGACAGAUUUGUAAAGAAUUCACAGAUUUGCUGUCUCAGGACAGAUCCCCUUUGGGUAAUUCAAGACCUUCUCCUAUUCUAGAACCAGGUAUCCAGAGCUGUCUGACUCACUUCAACCUCAUCUCUCAUGGGUUUGGAAGCCCAGCAGUAUGUGCAGCUAUCACUGCCCUGCAGAAUUAUCUUACAGAGGCCCUCAAAGCUAUGGACAAAAUGUACCUCAACAAUAACAACCCCAACAGUCACACAGACAACAGCAAAGGAGGGGACAAAGAUGAAAAGCACAGAAAAUGAUCUCCAUUUUGGUACAACUCUAUAUUGAUACUUUACCCUGUGGGACUAACAGAUACCAUUAUAUGGCAAUCCUGCUCCAGAUGAGGAACACUGGUCUGCUCUAAAACCUUGCCCUCCCAUCUAUGGAUUCUUGACAGAACAGGCUAUGGAUGGAGCCAGCAAUGAAAAUUCUGUCUUUAGUGUUCGAACUUUUUAUAAGAGGACUUUUUUUUUUUUUCUAAAGAAACAAGAUAACGAUUAUUAAACAAAAAUAUAUCUAUAUAUAUAUGAGUCAUCGGACUAAGUCACCAUCUUCCCUUACAAUGCUCUAAUUGAGAUUGUGGCCAUUGAAAGAAGGCACAGAGGAAACACUUAUCAGUAUUGUGAAUAAACUUGACACAAAAUAUUUGCAGUUCCAUGUCAUGUCUUCAAGUUAUACCUUUUUUUCCUCUAAAGGUAAUUUAAAAACAUUGAACUUUCUAUUGGACCGAAUUCACAUACAAUAUAUAAGGGAAUCAGUGUUUAUGUAUAUAUUUAUUUAUGUGUAAUUUAAUGGGGAUUGUAAAUAUGGUGAGUCUGUUGAAGCUUUUUUUUUAUUUUUAUUUAUCUGGUGAUCUGUUUACCUAUUGUUUAGUGGGUUUUCAAUCUUCCUUCUUAAUUUUUUAUUUUCAUGUGGUUCUUAGUACUUAAUUAGGAAGCAGAGUUUUAUCGUUUCUUUCAGUGGGAUUCAUACUUUUUAGCCCUGUUGUAGCAUGGUAAAACAACAAAGAAGCAACAGAACAAAUAAUAAUAAUAAUAAAAAAAGACAAUAAAAUGCAUUUUAUAAAUGAUUAGUUUGAAACUCAGCCUUUCAUUUUGCAGAAGAGAAUGCAUUUCUUAACUUCACUUUGGACCCUAACUUAAAAAAAAAAUAAAAAAUAAAAUACCAAUGAUCUCAAACAAUUUUUUUUUGGCUUUAAGAGUGAUUGGAAAUUGGUAAGGGGUGAGCUUUUGCCUCAAUUGACUUUUAACCCUUUAAGUUGCUCUCCCCCUUCCUUGUCACUCAAAGCUGUGAGUGUGAGAAGAGAGUUGGCAAUAUUUCUCGCACCUCUCCAGCACUUAAAUGGUUAAACGAAUUAAAACAAUGUCGUACUUAUUUUCACGAAAGAUGUGUUUUGUCUCAAGUACCGAAAAAAAUAAAAUACAAUAAAUAAAUAAAAAUAAGAAAAUAAUGAAAUCAGAGACAUAUCUCAUUGUCCUUGGUGGAACUACUGCAUUGUAGUGACUUGUGAUAGCAGGAUUCAAUGUAUUAUAGCCUUUUGUUGCCCAGGUGAAUAAAUAUUUGAUACGUUUUAUGUCGAUUUUUUUUUAUUCAGUGGCUGUCUUUACCCAGGCGUAUUUUUGUCCUUGGCAGUAUUUUUUAUUCAGUAUGGUUACAGUAAUUGAGUUUAAGUCUCCCCUGACAAUUAUUCCCUGCAAUAAGCAGCUGAACCCAUUGUGUCCCUCAAGUAUAAUAAAAACUUACUUUCAACUUAGAGUUCAGAGUAGGGGAUCAUUCUAAUCUUUCCACUGAGUUAGUAUUCAGCAAAAUGACAUGAUAACUCACAGUUGCAUUCUUUUUCAUAUAUGUGUGCAUCUAUGUGUGUAUGUGUGUGUAUAUAUUGUGUAUAUGUUUGUGUGUGGGUUUAUAUAUAUAUACACACACACACACAUUUUUAUACAUACAUAUAUAUGUGUGUGUGUGUCUAUACACACACACACACACACAAACACACACACAUUUUUAUACAUACAUAUAUGAUAUGUGUGUGUGUCUAUACACACACACACAAACACACACGCACACACACACACACAUUUUUAUACAUACAUAUAUUAUAUGUGUGUGUGUCUAUACACACACACACACAAACACACACACACACACACACACAUUUUUAUACAUACAUAUAUGAUAUAAUAUAUAUAUAUAUAUCAAUAUAUAUAUAUAUAGAUAGAUAACAUUAUAUAUAUAAUCUUAUUAUAUGUUGGAUUUUACAGCUCAUAUAAAUAGAAUCCUUUUGCAGUGCUUCGUGAAUGGGUAGGUUUGUAAAAUGCUUGAGGGUAUAUUUCAUAAUUGCCUAUGGAAAGCCCAGCAUGAGGUAUUGAAAAGCGUUAAUAUUUUUUUUACUUUCUUUUCAAACCCAUUUACAUGAGAUGGGUUGGCCUUUAAAUACACUUGAAAAGACAUGACAGAAGAUUUCUGUGUGUGCAUGAACAUAUAUAUAUAUAUCCUUUAUUCAGUAAAUGGGACACGCUGUGUACUGCAUUGCAAAUCCAUGCUUUAGCUCAUAUUAACUCUGUUAAAUAGACAUUUUAUGUGAGUGUUGGAGUUUCUGCUCAGUUGAUACAUUGCAUUCUGAGAUAAGGUCAAUUUGUCAGCACGUGUUGAGAAGCUAAGGAAAUAUCCGAAAUAAGCAGUGAUUUGGGGUUCCAUUCAUUCUGUAAGAAUCUUAGGCAGACAUGUAGAAGGUUUAUGGUAAGUUGUUUACAAUAGCAAUGCAAUAGGAAUUAACAUGUCCUCAUGCUGUUUGACGUUUGUUUUAGCUGCUGAAGCAACACAUUGGAUAAAGCACAAGAUGUUUCAUUUUCCUCUGUAAUCUACUUAUGGAAGGAACUGUAAAAUCAAUCUCACCCAGCUGAGGGGACUUGGACUCUAAAUUGUAUUUUCAUGAGCCAGCUAGCUCAUAACAAUGCUAUAUAUGUAAAUACAAAUUGAAAGUGGAUCAGCAAAAUGCUUAGCUGCAAUUGUUUUCUGGAGCAGUUAUUUAUCCUUAUUUUUGAAUCUGGAGAGUCUGGUUAGCUAUAAAGUAGAUGGGAUAAAAUAAUGAGGUGAAUGAACCCUAACUGUACGUAUUCUUGACAUAAAUGAAAUGCACAGUGUUGCAGCAGGUGAAGUGAAGCAUUGUCUAUCAGGGCUGCUUUUGUUGGCUGUAUCUCAGAUUGUGUGUGGGAUCCUAUCCUGAGGCACAAUAGCUUUCAUAGACUGCCAUCCACGGCUGCUACUAUUGCUGCAGCAAAGCAGAGCGAUCUUAUUAAACACUAUUCAUUCUCACAUGGAUUUAUAAAAUGCUAAGGAGCUUCAUUUUUUAAAUCACACAAUAAAUGUGUAUGCGGAUUGUAGAAAGUGUAUAUCUAUCCAUCCAUCCAUCAUUAUAGUAUGGCUGAAAGAGUGGACACACACACACACCCUCCUAUGCAUUUUACAGACACCCAUUGUUUAGUUAAAUUACACAAUAAGUAAUUUCAUUCGAUUAAACCCAGAGACUCCUGAUUACACCACACACGCAGACAAUGACACACACAGACAUUUUUGUAUUUAAAAAAAAAAGAAAAUGGCAGUAAUAUAUAUGAUGAUUGAUGCCUAUUCCAAAGUUAUUUUAAGUACUGAUUUACACCCUUCCGCGACUCCACCUCACCUCCUCUUCAGUCUCUUUUCCCCAGCUUCAACCAACAGCCCCCCUCCCCCCAAAAAAAGAAUCGAAUAUUAAUAUAAUUUGAGAUUUAACUGGUGGAACAGCCAUCAGGAUAGCAAUGCCCUGCAGCUGAAAUAAUAUUAAAAAUAGAAGGGAUUUGACAUUUGAGAAGUCAGUGGCUUGAAAUACCCAGUUGUACUUAGCUAAUUCAGUCCUUAACCUCUGGUUUCGAAUAAAUCAAUUACAGUCGAUUCCACUUCAGUUCAGAAGUGCACGAGAUUUUUAGUUAAUUGAAUACAGUUUAUUCAUUUGGUAUAAAUAUUCAUAUUUUAAACUCUCUGCUUCCGCCAAUAUAAAAUAUAUGUUUAUACUGCUAGUCUAGUGAUUUGGGCUAAUAGGAGUGCAAAACAGGCUCCCCAUGUGCACUUUGGAGACUUAUCUUUGUUUGGAAAAACACGAAUUUGUUAUGGAGUUGGCUUUAUUCACUAAACAUCGAAUGUAAAGAAAUUAAAUCCAAAUUAUUUAAAUGUAGUCAAACAACCCAAACUGGCUGUAAAUAUAGGUGUGUUGAUGGAUCUAGCCAAUUCUCCUAUUUUGGCUUAUAUGUAAAAAAAUUAGAUUUCAGUUUCCAAUAGUUGACUGCUUAAUAAAUACACGCUGAGUGCCAGUUACAGCGUUUAUAAAAUGUAAGAUUUGCAACAUAUUGUGUACAGAGAACUGUCUGCUUUAACCUUCAAUAGUCUAUUAAAGAAUACGACAGAAUGUAUCAAUCCCUGAUUAAGUUACAUAGUAGCGCCAUUCAUUGCAAGAUUCUUUACAUUUUUGUCAAAGCUCCUUCUACCGGUAUAAAACCGUUAAACCAUUUGCCAUUGUAUAUUUAUUGAUAUUUUAAAAUCUAGUCUAAAUCCAAAAUAUACAUUUAUCAUCUAAAUACAGAAAAACAAACCUGUGCCUAACUCAUUAAAAUGAAUGUUUGCUGCUUAAAAAGAGAACGAAAAAAAACCCCCAAAGCUGUUAAAUUAUUGUAUAAUGAAAUUAUUAAAUAUAUUAUAGUUCUAAUUCUAAAUGACACACUUUGGUAUAAGACGUUUCAAUAACUAGUCUGUUCCUGGGUACAGCUGAAUCAUGUUUUCUAAACAUGGGAACUUCUGUAUAGAUAUUUUUUAAUCUAACCCAAAGGUAUAGGGCAGCACAUAAUUAUAUUUAUUGUUCGAAUUUUCACGCAAGUAGCGAUUUAGUGUUGGGGGAGGGAAGGGGUUAAUUAACGUCAUGAUCAAUCACCAAUGCUUUCCUAACGUGUCCAUUGAAUAAUCGAAUUACAGGGAGGUCUGCAUGGAGAAUCCAUCUGCCUCGCCAGGUUCGAGAGCCCAUCCCAGCCAGUUCACAUAUUGGCAGUCCUCUCACGUCUUGCACAGAAUUGUGUGUGUAUUAUUGGCAUAUAAAGCAUGUUCCAAUCGUUAUAGAUCUUGGCUACAUGGAGAAUUUCAAACAUAAAUAACAAAUGCAGAUUAUUUGUUCCAUAGGAAAAGCAGGUGCAAGACAAAGAUGGGAAAAAAAUACAGAAACCCACUUCUCAUGUCUACAUGUUUCCAUUUUUUUGUUGUUUUUGUUUUGCUAUUGUGUUCAGUUCUACUCGUGUCAAUAAAAAUAGAAAAAAACAAAACGUUGUUAUGAAACAAACAAAAACAAAAUAGAAAAAAAGAACCCCCUGUCCCCCCACAAUUUACAGCAUUCCAAUCCUAACAGUCCUAUUCUGUAAAUUGGUAUGUCUUUAUGGAAUUCAAUAAGUGCUUUUCGGUUGACACGUGCUAUGUACAUAGAUUAGCUGCUUUGUGCGAAACAUCACGCCUAUAAAAGCAAGAGUUGAUACAAUGCAUUGUACAGCUUGCCAGGAUGUAGUGGCAGAGCAACUCUUUUUAGGGGUUGGUUUAAAACCCUUAGGAUACAGCCAGGAAACAGGGUAUGGGCGAUAAAACGAUUGAAAAUGUGAAAAGGACUGUUGUAAAAGAUUUAGAAACUUAGUAUAAAGUAAUGUUGUGUCUUUUAGGGGACCUCCUAAAGGUAAUAACAGAAUGGAAUGCCCAUAGACUUUAACAGGGUAGUGGGAUGCCCAUGGACACUAAUGGAGCAAAAUGGAAUGCCCAUAGAUUAUAGUGGGAACAGCAUAUUUGAAUUGUAGUCAGAAUCAUUCACUAUAUGCAUCUUUAGCAGAUAUACUCUCCAAGUACAGUGGCAUUGUUUAUUAUUAUUAUUAUUGUUUUCUAUGGAAUAACAAAGGUGUAUGUUGGAGAAUGGAAUUAGGCAUGUAUCUGUAGGUGUUACCAGUACUUAAUAACCUUACAAUAUAAAGUUACAAGUCAAAGGGACUUUAUCUUAAAGGGAAACCUAGGGACAAGUUUCUAAUAUGGGAAUGACAUAUCUUGCUUUUUGAAAGUGUUUGAAUGACAUGGAAUGUCUUAUGAUAUUUAAAGUAAUCUUGAGGACUUUUUGUAUUUCACUUUGUUAUAUUUUUCAACAGCUCAGUGAAAACUAAAUAAAAUAAUAAAAUAGAUGAUAGAAAGACAGACAGAUAGAAUUAUCUUUCAUUUAAAAACAAUGGACCCUUUUCUCUAAUUAGUGUGUUAAAGGGAGUUGAAAACAUAUUUUUUUAGAAAUUUUAAAACAAUAACUCCAACUGAGCGGCGUUGUAUUUUCACAACCUUUCUGCUUAGACAUAUAUUUUAUGCUCAUAAAUGUACAACUUUUUAUUGAAUAGAUCGUUUGUAAAUUCUUCACCUAUCUAUUUGUUCAUUAGACAGGAUCCCAUUGAAUUUUGCAGAAUACUGUUUGCUGUCAUAUGAUCUGACUUUAUUUGUGACCAUAUCUUCCUAUUAAUAUUAUCAUUUCCGGUAGAACAUACAGAAUACUAUAGAUCACUCUUCAAUACUGCAGAAACACCUAGGAAUACAUUAACAGCUCAAACAGGAAUCAUGCUAUAAAUAUAAGUGAAACAAAUGAGUGCUUUGUCAGAUGGAUAUGAUAAGCUUUUUAUUUUUAAAGGCCCAGUACACCAAAAGCAAUAUAUAAUUAAUCUCUCUCUCUCUCUCUGUUAUUAGUUACAUUAAAUGGUGUCAUAAGAUGUGGGGUAUUACCAAAAACAAGUUAACCAUGUCAUUAUAUAGAACAUUUUGCCUAUCUCUGGUCCUGAAGGGGUUACAUUAUAGGUUUCAGAUGUGAAGACAUGUCUGCUACAAACUAGGGUAAAGUAUGAAUUGCAUAGUGAUCAAAGUGAAAUUGCCAUUUUAGGUCAAAAUAGCUGAAUUAGAAGACUUCACCAAGUCAGCAAUAUUUGCAGUUCAUCUCUUCAGACCUUAAAAGGACACUCUAGGCAUCCAGACCACUUCUGGGUGCAAUGCCCCAUGUCCCUUAACCCUACAGUGGUAAUUAUUUUUAUUAAUAAUUACCUCUGAGGACUAACUCCUCCUCUAGUGGCUGUCUGCCACUAGAGGGACUUCCGGAAUCGAAACGGACCUUUGGUCUGUUAUCUGAUGCUGGACGUCCUCACGCUGUGCAUGAGGACCUCCAGCGUCAGAUUUUUCCCAUAGGAAAGCAUUGAUUCAAUGAUUUCCUAUAAGGAAGGUCUAAUGCGUGCGCGGCCAUUGCUGCGCAUGCGCAUUAGGUCUCCCCCAUCGGCUGAUGUCAAUGAGGAAGGAGCGAGGGCGGAGCCUGACCCAGCGCAGAGGGACAUCGGCGCUGGAUUCAAGUAAGUGACUGAAGCCACGCGAGAUGGGGGGUGCGAGGGAGGGGGGCACUGUAGUAUUCUACAGUGUUAGGAAAACGGCUUUGUUUUCCUGGCACUAUAGAAUCCCUUUAAAUUUGAAAUUCAACUUGAAUCGUCUCCUUGUAAUAGUUAAUGUGAGGAAGACAGUUUCAGUGGGUCAUUGUAUAAAGCAAUUGGAGCAAUGCUGCAUUCUUGGUAUCUUUGUCCAAACUUGAGGCCUGAAACUCAUAUCCCACUAAGGGAGAUAGCUGUUAAUAAGGCAGAUAUUAUAUUUAAUAUACAGCAGUGCUCAUUUAUGUCACAGGUAAUGUCAUACUCAGGAGUUUUACAUGUUUGUUUCCUGUACAUUAUUAAGAAUAAUAUGAUUAUAUUGUUGUCCAUCAAAAAUGCUCACAGCAAAUUACCCCAUAAUCUAAUUGUAUUUAUUUUAUCAGUAUUUAAGGAACUGGAACUGAUGGUCUUUUUUUCCAUAGGUUAUUUAUACAGUGAACUGUGAUGAGUUAAUGCCUGGCUGGCAUAAUUUAGGCCAGACAAGAAGAUUUU